UAAAAACUCCUAAAAUGGCGGCAGGAGAGGCUGCGGGGAGGCGGUACGGGAGCUCCGGGAGGCCAUACUGCGCUCGCGUCGGGGCGGUGGAGUACACGCGGAAUCGCCGGAGCGAGUGCUGAGUCGGUGCCGCCGCCGGCUUCCCCCUUACCCCGGACGCUGGGAGACGCUUCGGGGCCGCAGAGGCUUGUGGGGCAGCCACAAAAUGGAGGCGAACGGGAGCGGCAGCGGGAGCAGCAGCGACUCGGCUCCCGACUGCUGGGAUCAGGCGGACAUCGAGCCGGGCAGCGGCGCCGGCCCGGGGUCCGCCCCGCCAGCCGCGGAGGCCGAGGCCCAGCAGGAGCUGCUCGGGGCGGCCUUCAGCCGGCAGCUCAACGUCAACGCCAAGCCCUUCGUGCCCAACGUCCACGCCGCCGAGUUCGUGCCGUCCUUCCUGAGGGGCGGCCCGGCGCCCGGCCUGCCGCCACCCUCACCUCCGCCCGGCCUGCCGCCGCCGCCGCCCCACGGUGCACCUGUAGAGACUUCUCCAGAGGAGCAGACAGCCUCUUGUGAAGAUUCAAAUGCUGCUGUUAACAUGGAAAUUUCAGAAUCUGUUGUGGAAAAUGGAGAGACGGAAAUGUCCCCAGAAGAGUCAUGGGACCACAAAGAAGAAACAAGUGAAACAGAGCUAGGAAGUGGUCCCACAGGGGAUGCAGGGCCUUCUGAAGAAAGUGCUCAGGAAAUGAUGGAAGAGGAGGAGGAGAUACCAAAACCGAAAUCUGUUGUAGCACCACCAGGUGCUCCGAAAAAAGAACAUGUAAAUGUAGUAUUCAUUGGGCACGUAGAUGCUGGCAAGUCAACUAUUGGAGGACAAAUAAUGUAUUUGACAGGAAUGGUUGACAAAAGAACACUUGAAAAAUAUGAAAGAGAAGCUAAAGAAAAAAACAGAGAAACAUGGUACCUUUCAUGGGCCUUAGACACAAACCAAGAAGAACGAGACAAAGGUAAAACAGUAGAAGUGGGUCGUGCCUAUUUUGAAACUGAGAAGAAACACUUCACUAUUCUAGAUGCUCCUGGACAUAAGAGCUUUGUUCCAAAUAUGAUUGGUGGGGCUUCUCAAGCUGAUCUUGCCGUGCUGGUUAUUUCUGCAAGAAAAGGAGAGUUUGAAACUGGAUUUGAGAAAGGUGGACAAACAAGAGAACAUGCCAUGUUAGCAAAAACAGCAGGUGUAAAACAUUUAAUAGUUCUUAUUAAUAAAAUGGAUGAUCCAACUGUAAACUGGAGUAAUGAAAGAUAUGAGGAAUGUAAAGAGAAACUGGUGCCAUUUUUGAAGAAAGUUGGCUUCAAUCCCAAAAAGGAUAUUCAUUUCAUGCCCUGCUCAGGACUGACUGGAGCAAACCUUAAAGAACAGUCAGAAUUCUGCCCUUGGUAUAUUGGAUUACCUUUUAUUCCGUACCUGGAUAAUUUGCCAAACUUCAAUCGUUCAGUUGAUGGACCCAUCAGGCUGCCAAUUGUGGAUAAAUAUAAGGAUAUGGGCACUGUGGUCCUUGGGAAGCUGGAGUCAGGCUCUAUUUGCAAAGGACAACAGCUUGUGAUGAUGCCAAACAAGCACAAUGUGGAAGUUCUUGGAAUCCUUUCUGACGAUGUAGAAACUGAUUCAGUUGCCCCAGGAGAAAAUCUAAAAAUCAGACUGAAGGGAAUUGAAGAGGAAGAGAUCCUUCCAGGAUUUAUUCUUUGUGAUCUCAACAACCUCUGUCAUUCUGGACGUACGUUUGAUGCCCAGAUAGUGAUAAUCGAGCACAAAUCCAUUAUCUGCCCAGGUUAUAAUGCUGUGCUGCACAUCCACACCUGUAUUGAAGAAGUUGAGAUAACAGCCUUAAUCUGCUUGGUAGACAAAAAAACAGGAGAAAAAAGUAAGACACGGCCCCGUUUUGUGAAACAAGAUCAAGUAUGCAUUGCCCGUUUAAGGACAGCAGGAACUAUCUGCCUUGAGACAUUCAAAGAUUUCCCUCAGAUGGGUCGUUUUACCUUAAGAGAUGAGGGUAAGACCAUUGCAAUUGGAAAAGUUCUGAAACUGGUUCCGGAGAAGGACUAAGCAUUUUUCUCAAAGACCCCCCCGCACAAUACUGUGAGGCAAAUCGACUCUGCAAAGCCUACUUCACACCGCCUUCUUAUUUUCUGCCCAUUGAUAAACUUCUCCCCAUAUUUUGCAAAGACAAAUUUCACAGCAAAGGUCCACAUUAUGUCAGCUUUCUCAUAUUGAGAGCUCUGCUAUGCCACUGUUGAAUUUUCCCAAAAAAAGAAUUUUUGUUUUCUCCCAAAUUCUGCUUCCUUGGAAAGAUUCGGCAAUAGCUUUGUAAGUGAUGUGGACAUCAUUGCCUAUAAUUAUGAGAAUCUAAAAGGAUUUUUAAUGUUUAAUUUCCCCCAGCAUAUAUAUAGUAAGACCUCUUUUUUCCAGGCAGAUCAUUCAGAGUGUGCGAGUGUGUGUGCACAUGUUACAAAGAUGACUACCAUGUUAAUAAACUAUUCAAUUUGAAA